GCCACCCGGGGUAAUCUCAGCCCCGGGUUGGUCGGAGCGGCUCCGUCACUCAAAUCCUUCCCUCUGUCAGCGAGGCAGCGCCCGCCAGAGAGCAGGGGCCCGUCACCGACGGCUGCCCAGCUCGCCGCCGCCCGCCGCCGAUCUGGCUGCAGGCACCCGGCGCGGAAGGUCGGCUUCCUGCCCUUACGCUUGCGUCGGCUUCGUUCAAACAAGCCGCUUUCGGCGGCACCCAAUCAGAACGCCCGAUCUUCGGCCGCCGCCCAAUGAGCGCGUGUAAUGGGGGAAAAAAAAGGGCGUGAAGCCCAAUCGCAGCGCCAUCACACUUGAGGGCAAAGAGGUUAGGAAGCCGGCAUGGCGCUCCGGUCAAUAAAAUCGAUAGCUGGAAGCUGCCUGUGUUCCAGGCUAAGGCGGUGCGGUAGCGGCGCCGCCAUCUUCCCCGAAGGCAUCUUCCGGUGCCUUUCACCCAAGUUCGGGCAGGAGUUUCCUGAAUAACAGCAAAAGGUUUCCGUUAGCCCCGCAAGGCGGCUGAUUCCGAUUCCCUCAGGGCCUCCCCAGGCACGCUCAGCUCCGGCCCGGCGGGGUUCCCAAAUCCCGGGGUCGGCCGGGGGUCCAGGCCGGGACGGGGAAGGCCGUGGCGCCGGCUUCUGGGGUCCAAUGGCGCCACCUUCGGCUCCGCUCUCCGCGCGGGGACCAGGAGAGGCCGGACCCGGCCGGAGAAGGGGAAGGAGGCCGCGGGCGGUGAAGUUCGCGGACGUGGCCGUGUACUUCUCCCCCGAGGAGUGGGGCUGUCUGCGGCCCGCGCAGAGGGCCCUGUACCGGGACGUGAUGCGGGAGACCUACGGCCACCUGGGCGCGCUCGGGUGCGCAGGUCCCAAACCAGCCCUCAUCUCCUGGUUGGAACGAAAUACCGAUGACUGGGAACCGGCCGCCCUGGAUCCGCAGGAGUGCCCAAGGGGGUUAACAGUCCAAAGAAAAACCAGAACCAGAAAGAAGAACGGAGAGAAGGAAGUGUUGCCACCUAAGGAGGCGCCCCGAAAGGGCAAGCGAGGCCGGCGGCCCAGCAAACCCCGCCUGAUCCCCAGGCAGACUUCUGGGGGCCCCAUCUGCCCUGACUGUGGUUGCACCUUCCCUGACCGGCUCGCCCUGGAGAGCCACAAGUGUGCCCAGAAUCUGAAAAAGCCUUACCCUUGCCCAGACUGCGGCCGCCGCUUUUCCUACCCGUCCCUGCUGGUCAGUCACCGGCGGGCACACUCUGGCGAGUGUCCCUAUGUCUGCGACCAGUGCGGCAAACGUUUCUCCCAGCGCAAGAACCUCUCGCAGCACCAGGUCAUCCACACAGGCGAGAAGCCCUACCACUGCCCGGACUGUGGCCGCUGCUUCCGGAGGAGCCGGUCCCUGGCCAAUCACCGGACCACGCACACCGGCGAAAAACCGCACCAGUGCCCCAGCUGCGGGCGGCGCUUUGCCUACCCCUCCCUGCUAGCCAUCCACCAGCGCACGCACACGGGCGAGAAGCCCUACACCUGCCUGGAAUGCAACCGCCGCUUCCGACAGCGCACCGCCCUGGUCAUCCACCAGCGCAUCCACACGGGCGAGAAGCCCUACCCGUGUCCGGACUGCGAGCGGCGCUUCUCCUCGUCCUCUCGCCUGGUCAGCCACCGGCGGGUGCACUCCGGGGAGCGCCCCUACGCCUGCGAGCACUGCGAGGCCCGCUUCUCCCAGCGCAGCACGCUGCUCCAGCACCAGCUCUUGCACACGGGCGAGAAGCCCUACCCGUGCCCGGACUGCGGCCGUGCCUUCCGGCGGAGCGGCUCGCUGGCCAUCCACCGCAGCACGCACACCGAGGAGAAGCUGCACGCCUGCGACGACUGCGGCCGCCGCUUCGCCUACCCCUCGCUCCUGGCCAGUCACCGGCGCGUGCACUCGGGCGAGCGGCCCUACGCGUGCGACCUGUGCUCGAAGCGCUUCGCCCAGUGGAGCCACCUGGCGCAGCACCAGCUCCUGCACACCGGGGAGAAGCCCUUCCCCUGCCUGGAGUGUGGCCGGUGCUUCCGCCAGAGGUGGUCUCUGGCCGUCCACAAGUGUAGCCCCAGGGCCGCCCUAGGGGGCGCCGGCCAGAAGGGCAGUGCCCUCUAGUACGGGAAGGACGGUAGAUUCUCACUUCAUUUCAUGGAGGGGUCCAGGCAAGGGAAGGAGAAGCCCCGGGUCGUCCAAGGCAGAGUCCGCAGGGAAACCCAGGUCUCCUGCUACGGACACCUGAACUUUAGUGUAUUUCACCACACUGGCUGCCGGACCGGUUGUGUCUAGAAGGGACAGUCCCGUUAGGCCAGGGGACAUCGCGUGGCUCUUUUCCAGGCUACCCUAUCCUGAAAGGAUUUCUGUGUGUGGAUAUCAGGGCUAAAAGUUCUCCCAUCUAUCUUAGGGGCUGUUUGCUUUUCUAGUUUGUGCAUACAGGCAUCACCUGUCCCCUUGUAUACAGUCCGGAGAAUCCCAUUUGUGGGGGGCAGUAUCUUGCCCUACUCUGCCCCUUCCUCCAUACCAGGGUUGAACAAACCUGGUUUAGCCCCCUUUUUUCAACACUCCUGCCAAGUGGUUUUUUACCCUUGCUUUAAAACCUCCCUUGACAGGGAGCUCACUACCUCACAAGGCAGGUCAUUUCACUGUGGGAUAGCUCUGAUCUUUAGAAGGCGGUUAAGGACCACCUUCGCCUGGCCCAGAGUAUGUAAUACUUCAUCGACAUGACAGCAUUUCCGAUAACUUAACCACAGCUGCUUUGCCCAUGUUUUCAGGUUCAAUGGCAUUAUUUGGUCAGUCAUUCCUUAAAGACGGGGUUUCAGCCCCCACACGUGCUUUCUCUCCAAUGUCCCUUUUAAAGGGUCAUGCAAAAAUAAGCCAGCACCACAGUGUGCCUGGUACACCUCCUUGGUCUCUACUUGUUUUAACAGCUCUAGGUUGCACUGAAUUUGGGGGUGGUGACACUGUAGCAGGGCUUCAUUGGGCUGUAGACACAGACAUACCUAAGCCUUUUUUUUUAAACCACAUACUGUGAAGCUAAGUCUCCUGCCCCCUGUGUUUGGAAAAUUGAUUCAAGUUGGGUCUGGGACAUAGGCAAAGUGAGCUUUGGGAGAAGACUGAUUUUAAGGAGAAGGAGGGGAGCUGUGGUCUAGCAGCAAGAGGUAAAACUGGGACUAGUCUGUACUUCAUCCAGGGGAUUUGGGUUAGUUCCAGGCAGCCAGUAGCUAGAAAAUCCUUGAGAACUGGGCCUCACUCCUCCCUGAUUCUCAGCCGAAUAAGGAGACAUCAGCACAGAACCUUCCAUGAGUCCUCAGUCAACAUUUUUCAUCAAGUGAGAUGAGGCCAUUCAAGGAGGGUAGAAAGUUAAGUAAUUGAAGACAGGACAGGAAGGAGUCUACAGUCAUCAAGUUGUGUUCAUGCCUGCCUUCCUUACAGAAGCUCCAGGGCAGUGGCGGCAAUGUGUCUUAAUCUUUGAUAUGCCUCCCUGGCACCCACCCCCGCGUAGAUGCUCAGUAAAGCUUUACUGCAUUCAAUGAACAAGGCCUACCACUUUGCCUUGGGUAGCUGCACCAAAUUGGAAUUUUCAAACAUGACUUCUCGCCUAUUCAACAGCUGGAGUGGGUCAUGUUCCUACCCCUGUUGCUUGUAUCUUCAGCUCUCCCAAUCUCAGCCCCAAAGUGGGAGAGCAGCUGGGGAACACAGUGUUUGUAAUUACCUCUGUGGUAUUUAGCAAGUUGCAUUGUAACUCUUGGUCUCUUUCUCCUUGGAUGAAUGGAUGAGCUGCCCCAACACAGGGGUCAUACCAGAUUGGGUCUCAUUAAAAUGUCGAUAAAUGAUGUUCCUUGUUGAAUCACUGUUUAUAAAAUAUAAGUCUAGGUUCUUGACUGGGUAAAAAUUUUUAGUUCUGAUGGAGACCUGCCUUCUCCUAACAGAGAGCUAUUCGAAUGUCUGCCUAGUUCUGUAUUAGAGCUGGCUAUUCUACUUUUAUCACCAGGCUGAUCCAACUCUUUAUCUAGGAAUUUUGUAACUUUCUUUGGGCCUGGAUUGUAACUCAUAAGACUUGGAGGCCAAGUUCCAGUGUGUGUGCAGUCAGUGGAGGGCCAAGAUGAUCGACAACUUCCUAGGUCCCCUAAGGCACUUCCGUCCCAGCGUCCAUUCCUGACCAGCUGUGAUCCUGGCCCUGUUUUCAGUGGGAGAUCCCAGUAUCCUUCCAAUUUGUUCCCCCUUCUGUUUCAGGUAGUUGGUUUCUGUUACUUGCAACCCAAAGAAUAAACUAAUCCACCAUCCCAA